CCACUGUGUUGCAGCGCGCCGCUGCGUCGCGGCGCAUCGAAACUCCUCCCGCGGUCAUUGCGCGGACAUCAUGUGGCCAACAGCGGGCUGAUAGACACUCCGCUCACUGGGGAGCCUAUAUAAGCUCUGCAGCUGUCAGGUGGACGACACUGGCUGCUUUCUAUCGGAGUACAGACACUCAGAGAGCCACACUGUCACAAUGUCUUGGGGAUACGCGCCGGACAACGGACCCGAAAAAUGGGCCAAUAACUUCCCCAUUGCCAAUGGACCCCGCCAGUCUCCCAUUGACAUCGUCCCUGGUGAAGCAUCCUUCGACGCUGGGCUGAAGCCCCUCAGCCUGAAGUACGACCCCUCCACCUGCAUGGACAUCCUCAACAACGGACAUUCCUUCCAAGUGACCUUCGCGGAUGAUUCCGACAGCUCAACUCUGAGAGACGGACCAAUCUCGGGGACCUACAGGCUCAAGCAGUUUCAUUUCCACUGGGGAGGCGCUGACGACAGGGGCUCUGAACACACCGUGUCUGGGACCAAAUAUCCUGCAGAGCUCCAUCUUGUGCACUGGAACACCAAAUACCCAAGUUUUGGUGAGGCUGCCAGCCAGCCUGAUGGCCUGGCUGUCGUUGGAGUCUUCCUGCAGAUCGGUGCUAAGAAUGCCAGCCUCCAGAAGGUUCUCGACGUCUUUGACAGCAUCAAGGCAAAAGGGAAGCAGACCACUUUUGCAGGCUUCGACCCUGCCUCUUUGCUCCCCGGCUGCCUUGACUACUGGACCUAUGACGGCUCCCUGACCACACCCCCUCUGCUGGAAAGCGUCACCUGGAUCGUCUGCAAGGAGCCAAUCAGCGUCAGCUGUGAGCAGAUGGCCAGAUUCCGCAGCCUGCUCUUCUCCGCUGAGGGCGAGGCCGAGUGCUGCAUGGUGGACAACUACCGCCCUCCCCAGCCGCUCAAGGGUCGCUCCAUCCGUGCCUCCUUCAAGUAACUCCCCUCCCCCUGUCGUGCCCUUUCUGCCCUGUUGCCCUCUCCCUUCCCCCAGCCUUUAGUCAAACGCCCGGAGUUACCUCUGUAGCAGUGAGCCACAAAGCACACAUAUCUCUCUCUCCGUCCAGAAGAAAUUAAAUUCCUGUGGCCCUUUGCUUUUUUACACAGGGCUGUGUAACUGUGAGAUGGAGCCCUUGCAGGAUUUUCCUCUCUGUUUGUAUGUGUGUUGUAAGCCAGCAAACAUGCCCUGUCAUAAUUUAUUUUCUAAGACAAACACUUCACGGUGGCUGCGACACAUUAACUGGGAUCCAGCAUCUGGUGCCCGCUUUUUCAGAUGCAUUACGACAGCGUGUGCUGUGAGAAACAUCACAUGGAAAAAGAAGAAGAAUCAUCCUCAUAAUGCUGCUCUUACAGGCAGCGUGAAUCAGAGGGCUAGUCACAGUGUGUAGGGGGAGGAUAUCACCAUCUGUGAGGAGGGGAAAGAAAAAGAUGCACCCACACACACACUCCCGCUGCCAGUCUGUCUCUAAUCUCUGAGCGACUGCAAGCCUCUGCAUCACAGCAGCUUAAUGAAACGCUGCAGCCGCCUCCAUCACAACCGAUUGACUCGGAAAAUCCCCCUCUGGCACACACACAGACACGGCCUCGUGCAGACACGAUGCCUAUAGGCGCUGACCUGCUUAUUGAUCUGAAUUCAGUGUAGAGCAACCAAGGACAUGAGGACAGAGUUUAACCGGUAGUUAACACCACGACAACGGCUCAUUUCUCUGUUUUUACAGUGUAAUCUUCAAUCUUUCAUGUUUGUCAUCCCGUGUUGUGUUUUUAUUCUUAUUAAGGAUUAUUUUUUAGCCUGAAAGCUUAUGCAAAAUAAGUCUUAAGUGAUUUCUGAUUGUUGUGCAACCAAAAGGUCAUUGCAUUUUUGAUGAUAAUAUAGCAAAAGAGAGGACUGACCCUCCUCUGCAAAAAUUCAAGUGUUGUUUUGCAAACCCAUGUGUGUGUGGGGUGCUAAAGCUUAAAACGCACAUUAGCCAUUCAGGCAACGCCACAGUGGCUACCGCAUGAAGCCAAGGAAGAAAUUAGCCUGCCAAGGAAGGAGUGAACCUGCCAACAGAUGAGAUUAGAGAGUCAGCGUAGAGGCAGACUAUGUAUAGAAGGAACAUUUAGAAAGUCUCCACCAGGUCCUAAAGUCCUCUAGUUUGGGCCACAUUUGUGAAACAAUGAAGAAAAUGUUGCCGAUGCCAUGUAUUUCCAGAAAGAUUGUAAUCAACGCCUUAUGCCAAUCAUUGUUAGGGCCGUCCCGUCAGUUUCUGUUGUCAUUCUAUUUGGAAGUGGACGUUUUACUAGUUGAAUAAAUAUAUUUUAUGACUA